CAAAACGAGAACUCCAAAGCUAGCAAGCGCGCUAGCCAGUUUUGUUCUCCCAUUUGAGAAUAUCCUCGUUUUGUUAUGGCCACAAUGUCCGGAGGAACAAACCUCGGCAUUCCCGGGACAAGCCAAACCAGCUCCGGAACAUCCACACACCGGAAAAAAGACAGCAGUCCGUCCGCCAGGUUCUGGGAGAGCCCAGACACUUUAGCCCAGCUGGAGGUGGUGCGACAGUGGAUCGGGAAGCACUACAAAAAGUAUGUGCUGGUGGAUGCUCCAUCAUGUCAGGCUCUGGCUGCAGUGAUCCUACAGCUUCUUCAGUUUCAAGAGGAUGCCUUUGGCAGACAAGCUACCAGUCCUGCGCUCACCAAACUGCCUGCACAGUACUUCUUGGACCUGCGGCCAGGGGGUGGACUCUGCCACAUCCUUGGCACUGCCUACAAGUUCAAGGCUGAACAAGGCUGGCGCAGGUUUGACCUGCAGAAUCCAUCCAGAACUGAAAGGAAUGUCGAGAUGUUUGGUGCUAUCGAAAGAGCACUGAUCCAGAACAAAUGUAUGUCACUGCCUGUGGUAUAUGUGGACCCUACACUGGAUGAGGAGCUGACGAGCAGACUUACGGAUAUUAUUACCAAACACCAGGCUACACUCACUGAGGACCGAACGCUCGCCAGUCACCACAUCUGCCCCUCACCCGCUUCGACAGAGGAAGAUGAAUGGAUGCGUCCUGUAAUGCGUAAAGACAAACAUGUUUUGGUACACUGGGGCAUGCACCCUGACAGUUACGACAGUUGGCUGUCCGCGAGUGAUGUUGAAGGAGAGGUUGAAGAGCCACCACAUUCAGAAAAGCCGUGGCGGGUCCAUGCUGGCUGGGUUCUGGACACAGAUGUUUUCAACGAAUGGAUGAAUGAAGAGGACUAUUGUGUGGAUGAGAGGAAUGAACCAAUAAUUCUCCGACGACGUAUUCACCUCAGAGACGACCAGGACUCCAAACCCACCCCUUCCAAAAAGAGAAGACGCUCCCCCUCUCCUCCUGCCUCUGAAGGCAGGAAGAAAGGAAAGAAGGGGAGAAGGCGUGGACAACAGGAGGAAGAGCCAGAGGAGGACCUGACCAAAGACAUGGAGGACCCUACCCCUGUUCCUAACAUGGAGGAGGUUAUACUACCCAAAAAUGUCAACCUGAAGAAGGACAGUGAGAAUACUCCUGUCAAAGGAGGGACCAUGGCUGACCUGGAUGAACAGGAGGAUGACUUCCCAGGAAGGGAAGAUGAGGAGGGUAGAGCGGAGAUACCUCGUCUGUCAGAGGGAGAGGAUAACAUCACAGAACAAACCCAUCACAUCAUAAUACCAAGCUACACAUCUUGGUUCAAUUAUAAUAGCACUCACUCCAUAGAGAAACGUGCAUUGCCUGAAUUCUUCAAUGGAAAGAACAAGUCCAAAUCUCCAGAAAUCUACCUGGCGUACCGUAACUUCAUGAUCGACACAUACCGGCUCAACCCCCAGGAAUAUCUCAGUUCAACGUCUUGCAGACGCAACCUCACUGGAGACGUCUGUGCAGUCAUGAGGGUUCAUGCGUUUUUGGAGCAGUGGGGUUUGAUUAACUACCAGGUGGAUGCAGAGAGCAGACCACUCCCCAUGGGACCCCCACCCACCCCCCAUUUUAAUGUUUUGGCUGACACACCGUCCGGGCUGGCCCCCCUACAACACAAACCCCUGCAGGUGUCAGCCUCUCAGCACAUGCUGUAUUUCCCAGAAAAGAGCAGAGAGAAGCCUUCAGACUGCCAGAACUUUGGUCUUCGCUCCGACAUCUACACCAAGAAGCACCCUAAGACGAAAGGAGCAAGUGCAGGAAGGGAAUGGACAGAGCAAGAGACGCUUUUGCUUUUAGAGGCCUUAGAGGUCUACAGAGAUGACUGGAACAAAGUAUCCGAGCAUGUAGGCUCCAGAACUCAGGACGAGUGUAUCCUCCACUUCCUUCGUCUGCCGAUAGAAGACCCUUACCUAGAGGACUCAUCUGCCUCCCUCGGCCCACUAGCGUACCAGCCUGUGCCUUUCAGUCAAUCAGAAAACCCCGUCAUGAGCACUGUGGCCUUCCUGGCAUCCGUGGUUGACCCGCGGGUGGCAUCAUCCGCAGCUAAGGCCGCACUAGAGGAGUUUUCCCGAGUGCAGGAGGAGGCGACGGAUAAGGUCUCUGAAACAUCCAACCAGCCUGACAAAACAGAGUCGAUGGAUGCAGACAAAAUAGAAACAAACUCCACCUCCCACCAGGUCCCUUCAAGGGCAGAUGGGCUGAAGGCAGAACCCAGUGGGGCCAAAGUGGAGGGAGACCUAGUCAAAAGAGAAAACGCAGAAAAUAUACUUGCAGAGGACAGAGACGGAAGGGGGGAUGACGAUGAGAGUUUAGGGCGGGGAGACGUGGAUGAGGGAAGAGUGAUGGAGCAGGAUCUGGUGGAGGGCAGCGUUGCCACGGCAGCAGCAGCUGCUCUUGCUUCAGCUGCCACAAAAGCCAAGCACUUGGCAGCAGUAGAGGAGAGGAAGAUCAAGUCCCUGGUGGCUCUGCUGGUGGAGACCCAGAUGAAGAAGCUAGAGAUCAAACUGAGGCACUUUGAGGAGCUGGAGACCAUAAUGGACCGUGAGAAAGAGGCUCUGGAGCAGCAGCGGCAGCAGCUCCUGUCCGAGAGACAGACGUUCCACACUGAGCAGCUGAAACAGGCAGAGAUGAAGGUUCGCCAGCAGAGGGAGCAGCACAGUCAGCCGGGAUACACAAUGCAGCAAUCAGCCCUGCCUCCUCCGUCAGGUCAGGCCAUGCCCAACCGGAUGAUGCCUGGUGGGGGAAACACUCAGGUGAUGGCCCCUCGUCACCCUGGAGCUCCCAAUGGCAUGUACCCGUCCUCACAACCUGAUGGGAUAGCACCAGCUCAGCCAGGUCCUCCUGCGUCCAGCCACAGCUGAACCGACCAGAAAAGACACACACACACACAUACACACACACUUCCAUUAACCACACAUGAAAAUGUAACACUGACAGAAAUGUUCAGGAACAACUGUUAAGAAAUUGAACUCUGUAACUCUUCAUUAGUCACGUGUUUAUGGACACAAGUAAGUACACUGUUAAUGUGUAAUUGGUCAACGGCUCAGUCCGUCUUAUAUCUGUGAAAUAUUUGUGCUCUGAUGUCAGAGUUGGGAAAGACUGAACUCGACUCAUUAAAGUUGUUUUACAAGAAA